GCCCGGGAGGCGGCUGAGAGACCCUGGACACUGUUCCUGCUCCCUCGCCACCAAAACUUCUCCUCCAGUCACCUCCCCUGCAGGACCAUCGCCCGCAGCCUCUGCACCUGUUUUCUUGUGUUUAAGGGUGGGGUUUGCCCCCCUCCCCACGCUCCCAUCUCUGAUCCUCCCACCUUCACCCGCCCACCCCGCGAGUGAGCGCGGUGCCCAGGCGCGCUUGGCCUGAGAGGUCGGCAGCAGACCCGGCAGCGCCAACCGCCCAGCCGCUCUGACUGCUCCGGCUGCCCGCCCGCGCGGCGCGGGCUGUCCUGGACCCUAGGAGGGGACGGAACCGGACUUGCCUUUGGGCACCUUCCAGGGCCCUCUCCAGGUCGGCUGGCUAAUCAUCGGACAGACGGACUGCACACAUCUUGUUUCCGCGUCUCCGCAAAAACGCGAGGUCCAGGUUGUAGACUCUUGUGCUGGUUGCAGGCCAAGUGGACCUGUACUGAAAAUGGGUCCAAUAGGUGCAGAGGCUGAUGAGAACCAGACAGUGGAAGAAAUGAAGGUGGAACAAUACGGGCCACAAACAACUCCUAGAGGUGAACUGGUCCCUGACCCUGAGCCAGAGCUUAUAGAUAGUACCAAGCUGAUUGAGGUACAAGUUGUCCUCAUAUUGGCCUACUGCUCCAUCAUCUUGCUUGGGGUAAUUGGCAACUCCUUGGUGAUCCAUGUGGUGAUCAAAUUCAAGAGCAUGCGCACAGUAACCAACUUUUUCAUUGCCAAUCUGGCUGUGGCAGAUCUUUUGGUGAACACUCUGUGUCUACCGUUCACUCUUACCUAUACCUUAAUGGGGGAGUGGAAAAUGGGUCCUGUCCUGUGCCACGUGGUGCCCUAUGCCCAGGGCCUGGCAGUACAAGUAUCCACAAUCACCUUGACAGUAAUUGCCUUGGACCGGCACAGGUGCAUCGUCUACCACCUAGAGAGUAAGAUCUCCAAGCGAAUCAGCUUCCUGAUUAUUGGCUUGGCCUGGGGCAUCAGUGCCCUGCUGGCAAGUCCCCUGGCCAUCUUCCGGGAGUAUUCGCUGAUUGAGAUCAUUCCGGACUUUGAGAUUGUGGCCUGUACUGAAAAGUGGCCUGGCGAGGAGAAGAGCAUCUAUGGCACUGUCUACAGUCUUUCUUCCUUGUUGAUCUUGUAUGUUUUGCCUCUGGGCAUUAUAUCAUUUUCCUACACUCGCAUUUGGAGUAAAUUGAAGAACCAUGUCAGUCCUGGAGCUGCAAAUGACCACUACCAUCAGCGAAGGCAAAAAACCACCAAAAUGCUGGUGUGUGUGGUGGUGGUGUUUGCGGUCAGCUGGCUGCCUCUCCAUGCCUUCCAGCUUGCCGUUGACAUUGACAGCCAGGUCCUGGACCUGAAGGAGUACAAACUCAUCUUCACAGUGUUCCACAUUAUCGCCAUGUGCUCCACUUUUGCCAAUCCCCUUCUCUAUGGCUGGAUGAACAGCAACUACAGAAAGGCUUUCCUCUCGGCCUUCCGCUGUGAGCAGCGGUUGGAUGCCAUUCACUCUGAGGUGUCCGUGACAUUCAAGGCUAAAAAGAACCUGGAGGUCAGAAAGAACAGUGGCCCCAAUGACUCUUUCACAGAGGCUACCAAUGUCUAAGGAAGCUGUGGUGUGAAAAUGUAUGGAUGAAUUCUGACCAGAGCUAUGAAUCUGGUUGAUGGCGGCUCACAAGUGAAAACUGAUUUCCCAUUUUAAAGAAGAAGUGGAUCUAAAUGGAAGCAUCUGCUGUUUAAUUCCUGGAAAACUGGCUGGGCAGAGCCUGUGUGAAAAUACUGGAAUUCAAAGAUAAGGCAACAAAAUGGUUUACUUAACAGUUGGUUGGGUAGUAAGUUGAAUUAUGAGUAAAAGCAGAGAGAAGUACUUUUGAUUAUUUUCCUGGAGUGAAGAAAACUUGAACAAGAAAUUGGUAUUAUCAAAGCAUUGCUAAGAGACGGUGGGAAAAUAAGUUGACUUUCAAAUCACAUUAGGACCUGGAUUGGGGAGGUGUGCAGUUCACUGCUCCCUGCUUGGCUUAUGAAAACACCACUGAACAGAAAUUUCUCCAGGGAGCCACAGGCUCUCCUUCAUCGCAUUUUGAUUUUUUUGUUCAUUCUCUAGACAAAAUCCAUCAGGGAAUGCUGCAGGAAAAGAUUGCCAACUAUACGAAUGGCUUCGAGGAAAUAAACUGAAAUUUGCUAUAUAAUUAAUAUUUUGGCAGAUGAUAGGGGAACUCCUCAACACUCAGUGAGCCAAUUGUUCUUAAAACCAAUUGCACGUUUGGUGAAAGUUUCUUCAACUCUGAAUCAAAAGCUGAAAUUCUCAGAAUUACAGGAAAUGCAAACCAUCAUUUAAUUUCUAAUUUCAAGUUACAUCUGCUUUAUGGAGAUACUAUUUAGAUAACAAGAAUACAACUUGAUACUUUUAUUGUUAUACCUUUUUGAACAUGUAUGAUUUCUGUUAUUCCUAUUGGAGCUAAGUUUGUCUACACUAAAAUUUAAAUCAGACUAGAGAAUAAUUUUUGUGGCAUGUUGUAACAUUUCACAGUAUUUACAAGCUAUUUUUGCACAGGUACAUAGCUCUCAUGUAUUUAAAGAACACUGCAGUGUUAUUUUCUUUGAAAUUCAUCCUACACAGACCCAUUCAUACUAAAUAAAACAAUGUAAUUACAUUAAAAUGGACCUAUCUGUAAGAGGUACUAAAAACACUGGAUUCAUUUCAUCUUGCAAAUGUUGUAUUUCAAAUCAAUUUCACAUAAGUUAUUUAUCUUCUUUUCAAAAUAAUUAGCUAUAUUUUUAUAUAAUAUGAAUAUAUACAUAAAAAAUUGUUUCUAUAAAUUGUAGAACAUAGAUGCUACAGUAUUUUUUAUUUAAUUAUAUUAUGAAUAAAAUUGUUAUUUCAAUAGUACCCAACCAAAGAUGCUUAAAAACCUUCUAUGUUCAUAAAAAAUAACAACUGAGAUGUUAAAAUAGUCAUAUGUCUUUAGAUGCUGUUAAAGUUUCAUUACAGUCAUAUUUUUGUAAAUAUGACAGAAUUUGUGAAUAUAUUUUUAAAGCAAAAACUUCAACAUGCAUAUGAUAUAUAGUUACAACAUUAAUUUUAUGAACUGGAGAGCUUUACUUUAUGGAUGUAUUUAAAAUUCAUACUAUAGCUCCUAUUAAAUUCCUUCCAUGAUAGAUAUAAAGGACUGGUUUUUAAGUGCACUGCACUUCUGGAAUACUGAAAAAGAAUGAAAACAAUAUGUUAGAUUAGGUGUAAGACUUUAAGAAGCGAACAAAAAGUAAUGUAUAUCUGUAAUAUUUCAUCAAAUGAUUCAUUUUUCUGUUAGACUCAGCAAAUUGUUCAAAAAUAACCUUUUUGUCUUUUAAGUAGCAGUCACUUUGCUUAAGAUGCUAAUAGAAAGCUGUGGUUAAAGAUUUACCCUCCCUCUUGGUGAAUUAUUACACUGUAAGAAAUGUAUAUGCUACUGUGUUACAUGUUGUAUUAGUAAAUUAUUAGAAUCCAAUUAAUGAUUCAAUUAACAUAUAUCUUAUCCAAUUCAUUAUGUCAAUUCAUUAAUAAAAUACCUUUUAUGUAGUGGCUUUAUGUUGCAAUUAAAAAGUUGGGAAAAUGAGAGAAAUUGUGUAGAAUUUUAUAUCAGAGUGCUUGUCUAAGACAAGGCAGUAAGACUAAUGCAACUAAAAAAGAAAAAUAAAGGCUGC